CGGGAAAUAGAAAAGGAGUGCUGUCUUGGGUCUCGGGUUGCCGCUAAAGAGGAGUCCGGUCGAGAUGGCCAGACAGGCGCAUGGGGGGAACAUUCACUGCUGCGCCCAGCAGCUGGCGGCAGUGGUGGCAGCUUAGCGGUGCAGGUACCUGCGGCUGCAGCAGCUUCGGCCGGGCUGCAGCGCUCUCAGGGGCAUGGCUGCAUGGAGCAGGGGGGCCUUGAAUGCUUCCCCACCCGCUGUGUUUUUUCUUCUUCUCCAGGCGGUAUUAGCCAAAACAGCCAUCCCAAUCGGCACGGAUAUUGGAUAAUUGAAGCAAGUGAUGGGCAUGGUGGUGCUACGUGCUAGCCCGCAGGACGGAGCACAAUCAAGAAUAGUCCGCAAUAGCGUGCGGCGUGCGAUAUUAGUUGGCCGAGCUGGCGUGGCACCGAGCAUCGGGGACGCUCAAUUGGACAUUGAACCCCAUAUCUGCGCGCCAUCGUCGCCUGGGCCACCCGAUGCUGCAGUCGAUUAUGCUCAGCGGAUGCAUGUUCCAGCGCGGGCGAGCGGUUCAUUAAUCCUCCUGCUCCUGAGACGGAGACACCCCUCCCUUCCGGUGCUGUGCUGUACUGCACGCCAAGCGAGCACAGGGAGCAUCUCUUGCUUGCUUGCAUCGCCGUGUUCUGGCAUCCAAUUGCCCAGUCCCAGCCAGCCAGUGCUGUCCGCACGAGGGCGACAUGGGGUCCCUGCAGGGUUCAGGGGUCCUGGCCGAAUUUGCAAAUUGAGGUGCACAAGGGCCAAUCACGGCGUCCGGAGGCCAGCUUCUAGCCCCCAGCGAGCGAAAUUCGUUCUUCUCCAACCUGCCAUACUUGUACAUGCCAUGUACAAGCAGGAAAGGGGAUUGGGGCUUGGCCUCAGCGCAGCGGCGGAGUUGGAGCUGCCUGUGGGUGACUGAAUCGCAGAUUACUUGCAGCCAAGAACAUAAAUCAGCACGAGUACGAAGUACCCCAGAUGUAAACAAACCAUCUGAAACCAACAUGCAUAUGCAGUAUUUGUUUUUCUCUUUCUCUUUCUCUUGCUGCCACACGAAUGCCCUGAGGAUGGCAGGCGAGGAGGAAGAGAAGGGAGAGAAGGGAGAGGCGAUGCGA